AUGGAUCGAAUCACAGAUUUUACACAAUAUUGCCGAAAGGAACGACAGAUGCCAGUGAAUUAUCACAAAACACCAUUCUUUUAUGAACCAAAAUUGGUCACGAAUACUCAACGAAAAUUCCAUGGCAUGAUGAGAACUUACAUGGUUAAUGCAGCAAAAUCAAUCACACGAAUCAAUCACAAUCAUGAUUCAGCGACCAGUAGCGAACAAUCUUUAACGCGCAAAUUCGUUCGAUAUUCAGACUUUGCUGAAAACAGUCAAGAGAACAUCCAUCCGCAGAGCCAUCGCCGACAUCCGGCAGCUUUUACAUCAUUUCGUAAUCAACCGAAAAUCACCUAUGAUGAAACUUGGCUGUGUAAUAAACAGUACAAUACACGUGUUGCGGCACAGGUGGAGAAACCCGUUCAACGGAGAAUUUCGGCCACUGUAAAACGCAAAUCGCCAAAAACGAGCACAUAUCAAGAGCCGAAUGGAAAGAUCGUUCAUGAGCGCGUUUACCCGGCAACAGUAAAUACAAGAUUCUGUUUUCGUAUUGCUGUUAAUGGCGCAUCGAAAUCCAUGCGUGGUGAAUUACCAUUGUCGAAUUUGAAUUUAAUCAAUGGAGAUUUUGGUGAUGAUGCCGGUAUGUUUAUGGAAAAUCGUGACUUUUGUUUUGUUGGGCUUGCUGAUGGCGCAGGUGGGAAUCGAUCGUUCGGAAUUAAUCCAGCUGAUUUCUCUCGAGCGAUUCUUGCUUCUUGCCGAAGUAUUCUUCGUCAAUCUAAUGUUCAACCUAAUCAACUACCACGAUUGAUCCUCUCAGCAAUGCAACAAGUUGAAGCCAGCCGUAUACGAGGCAGUAGUACAUUAUGUUUAUUAGCACUUGACAAACAAAAGAAAACAUUGACGACAUUGAAUAUUGGUGACAGUGGCUUUGUUAUCUACCGAGAUAAUCAUAUCUAUCGUCGAUCAAAAUGUACAAUGAAUUCAAAUGGGUGUGGACCAAGGCAAUUAUUUGCUGUGAAUGGGUCACUAGGUGUACCAUGUUUUCUCAAUGAAAAUGAAGUCUUACGUGAUUGUUCACUGGAUACAUUCGAAGUUCAAAAGGACGAUAUUAUUAUCUUGUCAUCUGAUGGUUUAUGGGAUGUGAUUCAAUCUGAUCAAUUGCAGCAAAUUGUCGAACGAAAUGCUAACAAAGAUCUGCAAGACUUAGCUGAUGAUCUUCUUAGUCAAGCAGUUGAAGGAUAUAUAGCUAAUGGCCGAGAUGAUAUUUUAGUGAUUGUAUGUCGUGUGGAUACCGUCUGA